CAUGCGUUAAGUUGAAUUUCAAAUAACCCGUUUGUUUUUACUCCAACAAUUUUACUGUUUUUCUCAAUUUCCCGCGAAUUUUCCACUAUUUAUUGUGUGUUGAAAGGAAAACCAUUUACUGGGGACCCUCCUAAACAACUUGAAAUACACCUGCCAUGGCUCAAGGAGGUUUAAAUGCAAAAGAUUUGCGACUGGAGGAGGAACAGAGAUUGUCAAACUGCGUCUACUUUGGUCUCUAUGCCCUCACACAGGCCCACAAACCCACAAAGGAGUUUGAGAAAGUCUUCCAGAAGGAUCUCUUCCUGAAGCCAAAUGUUGCUGCCCUUCCGCAUGUCAUUCAUUUUUUGUUUACAAUUCACAAUCCCGAGGAGUUCCGGAAGAGAUUCUACUGGCCACUGUACAAUGAUCGUGAAGCUGAAAAGACAUUCAGGACUUCUUGCUUGAAGUACCUGCAGGACAUCAAUGAGCAGUUCCAUCUCGGGAUGGAAGACAUCUCCACGUAUAUGAUGCUCUUUCCGGGUGGAUUGAAGUUCCUCAAAAUCAUGGAUAAACUAAUAAGAUUUAUAACGACUGAAGAAUUGAAGAAGAGCAACAAUCUUGAGCUACUCAACACGAUGAGCAUUUCUCUGGGAAAUCGGAUGCUCCAGCAUGUGUCCAAUCAAAAGGAUGCCCUUGAUGGCCUUUUUACGGAGAAAAUGAGAUUCAACGCAAAGGAGCAGCUAAAAGUCACAUCAGCCCUUCAGAGCUUCCAGGAGAAGUUUCAAAUUCUCGCUAGUCAGAGAAGUGUGUCCAAGGAUGAUUUGCUGAGUGAGGAAUAUCAAGCUAAAGAAAUUGCCAAGACACGAGAAAGGCUUGAAGAAUUAAAUCAACUUGUGGAUGUGAUGAGGCAGUACAAUUCAUCUGUGGAAGCGCACAAGGCUAAGGUAGAGAACUUGGAGAAGCCUUUAAUCACAAAUAAUCUCAUACAGAAGACCCAGGAAGCUUCGGAGGAACUUCUCAAGCAAUUCCCGGACAUUCAGGAACGCCUCUGCAAUGGAAAUCUCAUGAUAAAUGACAAAAUCAGUGCAAAGUUUGUACUAAACUUGGGCAAUGCCAUUCUUCCGCAACUCAUUACCUUGCUGGAGGAAGAAUGGGCAAAGAGAAAACCCAGCAUUGACUCGAAUAUUGAGACAAUGCAGGCUGUUGCAGUGGCAAUUAAUAAAAUCUCCGAAGAUUUGACACAGAGAAUGAACAUAAAUGCGGAAAAUCUUCCUUGUGGAGCUACAGAAGCAAAGAAUCAACUAACAAAUACACCAAGUUACAAAUUUGACACCACAUUGAUGGUCAAUUGUGACAACAAGACGCGUCUCUUCUUCCACGAUGAUGCAGAAAAUUCCCUCCUACACCGGCAGAUGAAUCAACUUCACAAAUUAAUGUACAAUUCAGCACGAUCUACCAAAUCCACAGGAUCCACCACACUCUCAUCCAUAAAAACAGCAAAGAAGCAUGGGAAUACCAAGAAUGAAGCCCUUAGCGUGAUGACAAUAACCCAAAAACGCUCACGUCCCAAGAAAUUCACCAACUAUACGUGUCUCGGUGGUCUUCCGGGCAAGUGGACUGAGGAAGCAGCCAAUUUCUCCAUGGCCAGCUCUCCGGGACUCGAUGUUUCAGCUCAAACAUCAAAGUUCAGCAUUGAUGGGCAUCUACCGCUUGGCAGCUCAUCAAUGAUUGUCGGCAAUGAGAAGCCCUUCGAGGAGACAUUUAAAUACAAAUUCAACUUUACUCCAGCUCUCAAUCAGCCCAUCAAGACGGAAGGCUCUCCCUCGGGGCGACUUAGUUCCCCUUUUGCAGCUGAAAACCUCCUGAAUGUGCCUAAAUUUACAAUUUCCGAAGAAAUCCCCGAAGAGGACAUCACCCACACGUCCCACAAGGGUAGUUCUGCUACGGAUUCUGCACGAAAAGAUAGUGAUUCCUUUGGGGAACUCCUAACAAAAGUAGCCGCCACAGGAGAUGAAUCACUCUUCAAUGUCAGCGAUGGUGUUCUCAAUGAUAUUGAUUAGUCUGAUUUCUUUUUCUUUGUAAAUUAUAAAUAUUUUUUCAACAUUUCUGUAUUUCAAAAAAAUCAUUAAAAAUCAUAUUAAAACAUUAAACAA